AUGGAAAGAGGUUGGCUCCAUGGGGAAGGAUUCCCCCUCUGCCUCAUUCUCCACCUGCUGCUUCAAGGAAGAGGAGACAAUUUCACCAUCACUUGCUCAGGAUUCGACCAGCAUGGGGUGGAUCCCGCUGCCUUCCAAGCAGUGUUUGACAGAAAGGCCUUCCGUCCAGUCACCAACUUCAGCAUCCCCACUCAUGUCCACAUCUCCUUCACCCUGUCUGCCAUCCUGGAAGUAGAUACACAUCUUUAACUGAUGACAUCAUUCCUGUGGCUAAAUGUGAUCUGGUACAAUCCAUUCCUUAGGUGGAACCCAGUGGAAUGUGGGGGCAUCAGGAAGCUGAGCGUGGCAACUGAGAACCUGUGGCUUGCAGAUAUCUUUAUCGAGGAGUUCCUGGAUAUGGAUCAGACCCCUCCAGGUCUCAUGGCUUAUGUCAACAGUGAUGAUCACAUCAAAUACAGUAAACCAACGCAGGUGACCAGCAUCUGCAACCUGGACAUCUACUUCCCCUUUGAUGAACAGAACUGCACCCUCACCUCCAGCUCUUUCAUCUACACAGUGCAGAACAUGGUGUUGGGCAUGGAGGAGGACGUGCAGGAGAUUUUGAAAACAUCACAGAACGUCGUUUGGAGCAAGGGGGAACGGGUACUUCAGGCUAUCCACCAAAGAAUGAUGAAGAUGCCUGUGGGCACCAAUGAGUAUGACCAAAUCAUCUUCUAUGUGGCCAUCAGGCGCAGGCCCAGCCUCUACGUCAUAAGCCUCCUGGUGCCCAGGAGCUUUCUGAUAGCCAUGGACGCCCUCAGCUUCUACCUGCCGGCAGAAAGUGAGAACCGCGCCCCAUUCAAGAUGACACUCCUACUGGGCUACAACAUCUUCCUGCUCAUGACGUUGAAUGACUUACUCCCUGCCAGUGGCACCCCACCCCCCCAUCAGUAUGGUGUCUACUUUGCUCUGUGUCUGUCACUGAUGGUGGUCCACCUGCUGGAGACCAUCUUCAUCACCUACCUGCUGCAUCUGGCCACCACCCAGCCCCCACCCAGGCCUCGCUGGCUCCGUUCCCUGCUUCUACACUGCACCAGCCCAAAGAAAUGCUGCCCCGCUGCACCCCAAGGGAACACGGGCCUGGGCCUCAGCCCUGCCCACCUGCCUGGUGUGAAGGAGCCCGUGGAGUUGGUGGGGAAGGCGCCAGGUCCCAGAGAGGCAGAGCUAAAUGGGUGCCCUGGGUCAGCGAGGGCCCAGCAGGAGGACGAGGCUCAGAAGCAGCACUCGGUCAGCCUGUGGAUGCAGUUCAGCCACAUGAUGGACACCCUGCUCUUCAGCCUCUACCUGCUCUUCCUGGCCCCCUCCAUCGUCACGGUCAUCAUCCUCUGGAACACCUAGGCAGAUGCCCACCUGCAAGCUCCAGGCAAGAGCUUCUCUUGCCUCCAGGAACCAGCCGGGCUCUCGUUCCUGUCCAAAUCCCACCUUACAGCCCUGGCAACCACCUUGUUUUCAACCCAGCCCUUCUGUUCAGUUUCAGACCAGACCUGAAUGGUCUCCUAAGCUCUCCUGAGUCAGGUCCUUGCUCCUGCACGCCAUCAGCUCCCCUCAGCCCUCCCACGAAUCCUGCCUGCCUGGUUCCUCAGGAUUCAGGUUCUUGGAAUACUUCCUUGAUCGAAUCUCCUCCAAUAAACCCCUUUGCAGAAAGCACUGGCUCUUCUCUGCAGUAUAUUAUAGUUUCAAAACCCUUGAGGUUGAGAGUCUUCUUGCAGAAACUUCUCAUUACCAAAGUAAGAAGGAUUUUCUUGUUUGUUUGUUUGUUUGUUUUUUAAGUCUAUUAGGCAACAUGUGAAAGUGGGGAGAGGGGAGAGAAGAGGCCAAAAUCUAUUACAAGGAAUUAUAAUGAAAUAGGGAUUAACCUCCUAAAUCCAGUUAUCCCGGAUUUAAGCUUCAGAAAUUAAUAAUGUGCCAGAACCAGGCAUCUCUUGUUUAAAGAGUGAAGCCUUUUGUCACAGCCUGACAUAUGACUCAUUCAUCAUUAAACACUUAGAGUGUUAACAUAAUCCCGAAUUCUGCUGUCUGUGUUGCAAUUAGAGUUGAUCCGUCCCUAAUCAUGCUAAGAAAAGAACACUAGGUCAAGGAGAGCACGUUUGAAAAUGGCAUCUGCUUUACUUGGGAGUAACACAAAUGCCUCCAUAUGAACUGGAAAAUCCCCCUUCCUGGCACUUGCCUUAUCAUUUUGAAAGUCUUUGUCUCUUGGCCCAUUAUUUCCAAUAGCUUCUUGGGGGAAGUGGAGACCCCACUGUAUCACUGUACACCAGAGCUGUGGCAUGAUUUGCUGGACACCAGGUUCAGAAAAGCACAGAUUCGAGAGCAACUUAAUUACAACUUGAACAUAAUCUUUCAUUUUUAGCAACCAUUUAUUUUCCUUUCUUUAGUUUAUUCUACUACUGUCUAUCUGAAGCCUAAAUUUCCCAGGUUAU